AUACGGCAAAAAAGUCUCUUAAACGACUCUGUGCACAACUACAAUCCGGUGCGGGAGAACCAACUGCCUCUACAAAAGGGUGAGAAGUACUAUGUGGUGAACGACAGCAAUGCCCAAUGGUGGUACGUGCGAAACAUGGCUGGCCAAUCUGGCUAUGUACCAACUAACUACAUUCACAAACCCAAUACCCUCAAUUCCUUCGACAUGAGCGAUACACAUAUGCAAGUUCUUCUCUUUGCUUAA